AUGGGUACCUCACCUCAGCCUGGACAUCAACAGGGGCAACACCUUAUUCUAUGGUACGACGAGAUCUUCGACGGCGUCGUUUUGGCUUACGAUGUUUACUCGUUUGACAAAUGCGCCAAGAUCCUUCCUGGAGUUUAUCCUUAUUUUGGUGUUAAUUUGAAGCUUAAUCUGUUGCUUUUUUCUCCCAAGCCAGAUAUGCUUUUAGAAGGAAAGGUAGUGAAACUUACACAUGAGUCUAUUCAUGUUGUUGUGCUUGGAUUUGCUUCUGCGAUUAUAACGGAGAAAGAUAUCAGGGCAGAGUUUGUGUAUAAAAUGAAACACGGGCAAGAAGUGUAUGCGAGUAACUCUCACAAGCGACAUGUGAUAAAGGUUGGAACCACGAUACAAUUUUUGGUCAAGAGUCUAGAAGCACCCUCAAAGGUGCACACACAUAUUUUAGGUAAGGAUUUAAAAGACUCACGAGUGCUAACUGAUGUCGGUGACGUCCCUAUUCAAGAAAUUCGAGAUUGUGGCGUAGAUGAUAAAAGAUUGAUGAGUGUCAUUGGUGAAUCUGUCAAGUUAGUGAUGGAAGAGGCUCCUCUAAGACCCUUAGUUUUAGGUGGUGAUCACUCAAUAUCAUUUCCAGUUAUUAGAGCUGUCUCGGAGAAGCUUGGAGGACCAGUUGAUGUUCUUCAUAUUGAUGCGCAUCCUGACAACUAUGAUGCAUUUGAAGGGAACAUUUAUUCGCAUGCUUCUUCCUUUGCUCGUGUCAUGGAGGGUGACUAUGUUCGGCGACUCUUGCAGGUUGGUAUUCGAUCAAUAACAGCUGAAGGACGUGCACAAGCAAAAGUAAAAUAUCAUAAAGAAACCUCAAUUGACUCCACUAUUUCAUAUCUUGGAUUCAAAAUCAAAGAUAAGAUCAAUCCUCUGAACAACCACCCUCCCUCAACCAUCUUCUCUUCUAACCCACCUCCGUCUCAUGAGCAACCUCCCAGAAAACACCGUCUAUUCAGGCCCAACACCUCAAACCCAAAGGGUCACACUUUCACAACUCCGACAGAAACAUAA